CUUUCGGGCGGGGCUUGGGACGGGCAGCUCAGAGGGUCGUGAUUUCACAUCGGAAACAAAACAGCGGCUGCUCGGGAAGGAAGCUGGGCUGCCCCGGCGGGGAGAAAGUAGGUAUGCAAACAGAUGUUUUUCAACCAUGUUUUUGAAGACUAUGAAAAGGAAAGUUGAAAUUUUGAAGAAUUGGCUGGUGGAAAUUAAGAACCCCAAGAGGCUUUGUGUUCUGUGAAAAAGUAUUUCUAUACGAUUGCUCCAAUGACAGAGUUACCUGCACCCUUGUCCUACUUCCAGAAUGCACAGAUGUCCGAGGACAACCACCUGAGCAAUACUGUACGUAGCCAGAAUGACAGUAGAGAACGGCAGCGUCAUGAGCACACUGAGAGGCGGCAGCGUGGGAACCCUGAGCCAUUAUCUAAUGGACGACCCCAGGGUAUCACACAGCAGGUGGUGGAACAAGAUGAAGAAGAAGAUGAGGAGCUGACAUUGAAAUAUGGUGCCAAACAUGUGAUCAUGCUCUUUGUUCCAGUGACUCUCUGCAUGGUGGUGGUUGUGGCUACCAUCAAAUCAGUCAGCUUUUAUACCCGCAAGGAUGGACAGCUAAUCUAUACUCCGUUCACAGAAGACACUGAGACUGUGGGCCAGAGAGCCCUGCACUCGAUUCUGAAUGCUGCCAUCAUGAUCAGCGUUAUUGUUGUCAUGACUAUCCUCCUGGUGGUUCUGUACAAAUACAGGUGCUAUAAGGUUAUCCAUGCCUGGCUUAUUAUUUCAUCUCUACUGUUGCUAUUCUUCUUCUCAUUCAUUUAUUUAGGGGAAGUGUUUAAGACAUACAACGUUGCCAUGGACUACGUUACUGUUGCACUCCUGAUCUGGAAUUUUGGUGUGGUGGGGAUGAUUGCCAUCCACUGGAAAGGUCCACUCCGACUCCAGCAGGCUUAUCUCAUUAUGAUCAGUGCCCUCAUGGCCCUGGUAUUUAUCAAGUACCUCCCUGAAUGGACUGCGUGGCUCAUCUUGGCUGUGAUUUCAGUAUAUGAUUUAGUGGCUGUUUUGUGUCCAAAAGGUCCACUUCGUAUGCUGGUUGAAACAGCUCAGGAGAGAAAUGAAACUCUCUUUCCAGCUCUUAUUUACUCCUCAACAAUGGUGUGGCUGGUGAAUAUGGCAGAAGGAGACCCAGAAGCCCAAAGGAGAGUAUCCAAAAGCUCAAAUUAUAACGCACAAAGCACAGAAAACGUCGCACAAAACUCUGUCGCAGCAAAUGAUGAUGGAGGCUUCAGUGAAGAAUGGGAGGCUCAGAGGGAUAGCCAACUGGGGCCUCAUCGGUCCACACCUGAAUCACGAGCUGCUGCACAGGAACUCCCCAGCAGCAUCCAACCUAGUGAGGAUCCGGAGGAAAGGGGAGUAAAACUUGGACUGGGAGAUUUCAUUUUCUACAGUGUUCUGGUUGGUAAAGCCUCAGCAACAGCCAGCGGAGACUGGAACACAACCAUAGCCUGUUUUGUAGCCAUAUUAAUUGGUUUGUGCCUUACAUUAUUGCUCCUCGCCAUUUUCAAGAAAGCAUUGCCCGCGCUUCCAAUCUCUAUCACCUUCGGGCUUGUUUUCUACUUCGCCACAGAUUAUCUUGUGCAGCCCUUUAUGGACCAAUUAGCAUUCCACCAAUUUUAUAUUUAGCGUAUUUACGGUUGGAAUCUCAUGGAUUUUUCUCCUUUGACUCUAAUAAAAUCUGGGGAGGACAAAGGUGAUUUUCCUGUGUCCACAUCUAACAAUUCAAGAUUCCUGGCUGGGCUUUUUGCAGCUUCCUUCCAAGUUUUUCUGGCCACAUGCAGAAUUGGGCACUGAAAGGCAGGUGUCUACAGAAAAUGGUUUUGAACAUACUUCAUCAUGGUGGACUGAGUCCCUCGGUGCAAAAACUGCCAGAUUUGAGGGCCAGAAACAAGGAAAGAUGAUGGGCCAAGAAGUUGCUGUGCUAGCACCAGCAGUGUGACCCUUGGUCACAGGUAGAUUUCACCAACACUACGGAUUCUCAGGACUACCAUCACCAAGAGGUUACAUGAAGUGGUUUAAACCAAACAGGACUCUUCAUCUUAAACUAUAUCUUGAAUAUCAACCUAAUAAUCCUGUAUUAGUUGAAUUCUGGACCAUUUCAGGAGCUACUGUGAGGAAAGAAGGCACCAGAGCAAAAUGGAAAGAUGGAAAGGGGCUCAAACUUUCAUUUUUAGUUUUUGCUGUAGACUUGUUAUUUUCAAAUAAGGUUUUUGUUUCUCCUUGAGUCACAUCAGAUGUGUAGGCUGAUUUUGACAAUUUAUGUUCUGAAGCACUGAAACCCCGUUACCAUCUAUGGUUGCCAUUUUUCCCAAGGCUUAUUUGAGGUUGAUUUAUUAUAUAAGUCUCAACCUCAGGUUCCAAAUUCAGUAAUUUCUGGAAAUAAUCAUCCUUAGGUAAAUUCUAGCCUUUUCACCAAGUUCCUCAUUUUUAGACAUACUUGUAAGUUUGUUUGACUGCAGAUGCCGCCUGUGUUCCCCACCACUCCUUCACUCCCACCCACCAGCAUUUCUCUUACACAGCAAAUAGGACAGCUCUGUGGUAGCAGGUGACCCAGUUACUCCAGGAUUUUACUGUGUGUGAUUCAAAGAAUGUGUUAUGAAUCAGUGCUAUCAGCCUUGCUGUCAUAAUUUCUCCAAUAACAAAUAAGUUGUGUGCCCAAAGACAGUGGAAUUAAAGAAGAGUAAAAUGGCUGGUGAAGCACUUCUGUCCUGGCUCUUCUUUUUUAACUGUAACCAUUGCCUCUGACAAUAGGUCAGAAUUAGAACUAAUAGCCAAAAGCUGGUGGUUUAUAAAGUUUAUGAAUCAGUGGUACCAGUACAAAGCCAGAGUUUGGAGAAACCAUUCUUCCCCUUGGCAAGCUGUGGGAGAACCUAGGGCCAGAAGGAGAAGCAGCAGCCAAGAGAAGAAAAAAGAGGCCUCUAGCAGCCAGCAGGUCAAAACGAGCUAAUGUCCUGUGGGCGGAUGGUAAGGAGGAGAUCCACAGAAUUCCUCCAGAGCUUCACAAUGGGUGUUCUGUGGUUUCCCAUCUACAUUACCCUUUUUCUCAAUGUACCUUUGUGUGAGUUGGGGCAGUGGAGGUACUGGCUAAAAUUACAGUGGAGUUCAGGCUCUGUGCUGUUAAGUUAGACAAAGCACGGAAACAGAGCUGUCGGCCUGUGUGCACAGGGCACUUCUCAGUGAAGCCCACUGAGGUGCAGCCCCACUUUUACUGCAGAGAACCCUUCGUCCUGGUGGUUAGACUGUAAGUGUUUGUGAGAAACUUUGUUUCCUUCUGUGGCUGAAGGAAGGCCAGGCUCUCCCUCUUUUGCCUGCUGCUUUCUCUUCCUGCCCAUCAUAUGACCCAAUUUGGAGUGUCUCCUUGGAGCUUAGAAUAUUUAUUUUCUGUCAUGAGAUAUUUUUGAUAAGAAACUAACUUUAGAAGUUGCGUGCUGGUACUAACUUAAUAACCCAAGUUUAAGUAAAAACUUGCUCAUGUUAGGCAGUUGGGAACUGCAGGAAAAAUAAGGGCUAUGCAAAGAAAGAGUGAGGCUUAGGGUGGGUGGUAGGUUUUCUCAUCUCUGUUUAUUUCUAUUAGCCCCUUUUCUCUAAGAUUCUCUCUUCUCUCACAUACGUGGAAAGGAUGUGAUUGAAAGACUAUAACAAAGCCACCUGAACACCAAUUUAUGAUUCUAAGCAUUCUUGAGGGAGCCCUGAUCUAGGGUAGUUUAUUUGUGCAAGGAUCCCCAAUGUGUUAUAUCUUUUAUGUGUGCGGUAUGUGAGAUAAGGGUGUUUCAAUCCACUCUAUGUUCUGUAUGUCUUAUGUGGAAAGAUUGCAAUAAAUCUGUCACUUUCUGCAAAUGAAAAGGGCUUGGAGCAGUUACUGAUGAAGAUCAAAGACCACAGCCUUCAGUAUGGAUCACACCUCAACAUAACGGAAUCAAAAACCCUCACAACUGGACCAAUAAGCGACAUCAUGAUAAACAGAAAAUAUUGAAGUUGUCAAGGAUUUUCAUUUUACUUGGAUCCACAAGCAGUCAAGAAAUAAGAUUACAUGUAUUGCAUUGGGCAAAUCUUUUGCAAAAGAACUCAUUAAAGUUUUAAAAAGCAAAGAUGUCACUCUGAGGACUAAGGUGCACCUGACCCAAGCCAUGGUGUUUUCAGUUGCCUCAUAUGCGUGCAACAGCUGGACAAAUAAUAAGACUGAAGAAGAAUCAAUGCAUUUGAAUUAGGGUGUUGGGAAGAAUAUCAGAUAUACCAGGGACUACCAGAAAAACGAACAAAUCUGUUUGGAGGAAGUACAACCAGAAUGCUGCUUAGAAGCAAGGAUGGCGAGACUUCGUCUCCCAUACUUUGGGCAUGUUAUCAGGAGGGAACAGUCUCUGGAGAAGGACAUUAUGCUUGGCAAAGUAGAGGGUCAGCAAAAAAGAGGAAGACCCACAAAGAUAUGGAUUGACACAGUGGCAGCAACAAUGGGCUCAAACAUAGUAACAAUUGUGAGGAUGGUGCAGGACCUGGCAGUGUUUUGUUCUGUUGUACAUAGGGUCACUAUGAGUUGGAACUGACUCAAUGGCACCUAACAACAACAAUGAGCCACAUCUCAGCACGUUUAAAACCACAUACAGAGAAGCCAUUUAGUGUCUUUAAAUCAUUGAUCCCAGUCACAGCAUUUUAACAUCAGACAUUCUUUUUAGAAUUACUUCAGUAGUUCCUGAACUAUCAAAAUGCUAGUCUUCCAUCAUGAAAAGUAGUUUGUCGCCGGAGAAAACCGUAGCAGUUCCACAGAGGAUGAGCCCUCACACGUAGGCAGAGGGGCUGGCUGGGAGCCAGGGCAGACCCUUUAUCAUUAUAAGGCAUGACCAGCCGAUCUAACGUGCUUAAUGAAAUGAAAGAAAAUGGCGGGAAGGAAAGUAGUGUCCAGAUUUAACUGGCUUACAGAAUAAAGGUCUUUCUAUACAGAAUGUCACUAUAGACUGUGGAAAUAUUUGGAAUCCAUAUUUGGAAGAUCUGUAGGGUUUUUUCAGAGAAGAAGGCGUCACUUGCCUGUUUUUGAGUCUCCAGGUUAAUGUGCAAUUCCAGAGUCACAGCUCUCACUAUAAAUGACCAAAUUUCUCAGGAAGAGAGGGACACUUUCUAAGCAACUUGGAAGAAAACAUAAGUAGGUAGUUUAUUGAUGUCACUACAGAAGCAACAAAACAGCUGAAGGUGGGAUGUUCUUACUUUAAACUCUUGGACCUGCGUUUUUCAGAGUGUCUUCCUGAUUUUAAAAAUCCCCUCUGUAGUAGAUACGCAAACAAUACAUUUACUGCUUAGCCUUUAUUUGGCGUCGACAACUUUACAUGUGUCAUCUUGAUCAUAAUCUGCAGAAUGGGAAGCAGAAGCUAAGCUACCAAACAAGGUCUUCCCGGGUUCCGUUAGCAGUCGACAAAGGAGGCCUCUGAUCCCUGACUCCCAACGCCGGGCCUUGCAUAUUAGACCAUUCCUGAUCUGACCCUGGAAGAAAAAGAGCUCAGAACCCACUAGGAAGAUUCACUCAGUGUCUUGUAUGUUCCUUGGCGUGGUGCUGGAAUCCAAAGAUGCAAGGAUGAGUGCAGCUGAAAUCUCUUGUUUUCCGGCAUAUCACCUUUUUAACUUCUCUGAAAUGCUGGGUACUUGUCAGUUGCCACUUGUCACCCUCACCGUGGCACAGUCUGUUCUGACAAUUGCAGCAGCAUCUGUAGGUGUUGUGAAUAUUUCAUUCCACGGAGGCGGUGGUGGACUUAGAAAACUGAUGUUAUAAAGGUGACUUGAUUCUUUGAGAACCAGUCCUCUGGUAAAGUACUCCUUUUUCUCAGUCAUUUUUGGCGAAAUCUCAGAAUCAUCCAGAUGUCAUCAUCUGAACAGUCCUUUUAUCUGGCGGAAAACGCCUCUGCAAGAGCAAGAUUGCGGUUUAGGCAGCCACAAGCAAACGUAGCCUAGUUGGGCAUUUUAAAUCUCAGAUUUAUGUAUUAAAAAGCAGCCUGGUCACGAAAGGAGAGGCUGUAAGGAGGGAGCGGGCUGACUCAUUAGAGGGAAAGUAAGUGGGAGUAUGUAGUAAGGUGUAUAUAAGUUUAUGUGUGAGAGACUGACUUAAUUUGUAAACUUUCACUUAAAGCACAAUAAAAAUUAUUAAAAAAAAAAAAAAAAGCCAGACUUUCCUGCCU